AUUUUUUUUCUAAUUGGUUCAUACAGACAAUAGUGUCAGAUUUGGAAAUAAGGUGGUUAUCUUCAUCUCUUUCACAUGGCUUGCUUUAACGUAAAAAAAGAGCAAACAACAUCUAUCAAAAAAGAAGGAUCUAGCCUUGUCUUUUUUCUUUUCUUUCUUCCUUUUACUUAUCAUCUGCUCUACUCUUUUAAUCAAAAGCUACACUACCUCAAGGCCUCAAGGCCACUUCUACUUUACUACAAGACCUACCCUACCUUACUUUACUCUUCUACUCUCUUGGCCUCGUAUGCAAAUCUACUAGCCUCUUCUCAUCCAUCAAGGAGGGAACCACUUGUUUCCGUACAGUGAUGUUCCAAAUGCCCUCUUCUUGUCG